AUGGAGGCAACGAACUUGGCGAUGUCACCGCGUGAAACGCUGAAGCCCCGCUCAGAACACAAAGCGCUAGAAAUGAAUAGUAAACCUAACCAAGUGGGUACGGUGUUAUUAUAUGGCGUGCCAAUAGUGUCACUAGUCAUCGAGGGUAACGAAAGACUGUGCCUUGCCCAGAUAUCGAACACCUUGCUAAAGCAGUUCUCGUACAACGAGAUACACAAUCGGCGUGUGGCGUUGGGCAUCACAUGCGUUCAGUGUACACCAGUGCAGCUGGAGAUAUUGAGACGAGCUGGAGCGAUGCCUGUUUCUUCAAGACGUUGUGGUAUGAUAACCCGACGGGAAGCGGAACGCCUGUGCAAAUCGUUUCUAGGCGACAACGCGCCGCCUCGGUUACCCGACGAUUUCGCAUUUGCCGUCCAUCACGAGUGUGCGUGGGGAUGUAGAGGUGCUUUUCUACCAGCCAGGUAUAAUUCGUCUCGAGCAAAAUGCAUCAAGUGCGCCUAUUGCGGGCUAUUUUUUUCUCCGAACAAAUUCAUCUUUCAUUCACACCGCGUUGGGCCUGGUGACAAAUACAUCCAGCCUGAUGCAGCCAACUUCAACUCGUGGAGACGACACAUGAAGCUCAGUGGCAGUCCGCCGGUAGAGGUUGUUCACGCGUGGGAGGAUGUGAAGGCCAUGUUCAAUGGUGGAACUAGGAAGAGAAUGCUGUCUGCUGCUAGAAGAGUACCAAUUCGCAGGCCCGAAGUGGAACCCGAGGCGAAGCGUGCUGCUGCAAGUCCUCCAGCACACACACCAGUUCCAAGACUUGCGGACUAUGUAUGGGGAGCUAGACUUCCAUUGCCAUACGCUUUACCCUGGUUAAAGCCAACUUUGUGGUCACCCGGUGCAUUAACUGCUUUAAGUAGCGUCGGUGCUAUUGAAGAGCCUCGUGCCUUCCGUCCGGUGCGCUCACAUCGCUUAGAGUCGCCUCAAACAUCACCAGUAGUGUCGCCGUCGAGAUCGCCGAACAGAUCACCAGCAACCUCGCCAAGACAGUCUCGUUCACCACUUCGUUCUCCGCUCCGCUCGCCGCUCCGCUCGCCGCUCCGCUCAUCGCCCGCUCGCUCCUCCAAAAGCGACAGAGAUAGCGAUGAGAGUGUUGACAUCGAAACCACGGAAGAAGAUCAGACGAAGGACUUGAGGUGUUCCUGGCCGUGUCGUUCAGCUCCUACCCCACGGCCCGAAGACUGCUGGAGUGGGUUAGUGCCGAAGAUAGAGAGGGAAGAGGAUCGGGAACCCUGGCGGUUGCCCGACCUGCGCCCCUCUUUGCAUUACAUGCAUGAUCGUGAAAGAGAUAGUUGCGCGGCUUGCGUCGCCCCAUUACCUCUACUACCGCCCCCUGCACCAGCGCCACACUAACUACAUACUGUAAUCUUUUAGAAUGGAACACAACAGUCAACACACAAAGCGAUAAUCAAAAGUAUCCAUAGAUGGCACUGUAUUGCAAAAUCCUUGACAUUUUGUAAUGUUACCAUGUUUAUACUGCUUUAAAAUUUCUUUAAAAAUAGUAAUAAUUACCAUUCUAGUCGCAAUGUAAAGUAAUGUAGAAAUAUCAUUUGUAGAUAUAAAUAUAGUUUUAAGUAGUAAGAUAAAAUGUCGAAGCAAUCAAAAUGAAUUUAAUUCAUGAUUAUGUUAUUAAUUUAGAAUAUUCUAGCUUGAAAAUGAGUUAUAAAAACUUUUAAUUGAAUUUAUUUAUUACAACUUAUAUUUUAAUUGUAAAGAACUGUAAACAAAAA